CGCGCGUGCGCAACUAUUCCGCUCUUCGUUGUUGCCGCGGUCAGUGAGCGCGCUUUGACACGGUUGUGACCAAGAAACAAGCGUGUGCUGUCGGGUGCUGAAUCCACGCUGUCCCAAACCGAGAUGAAAAAGGAGUUGGUUGCGCAAACACGAAGUCCUACCAGUAAAAAGCUACCAUUGAAAUAUUUGGGAUGUGUUGCCUUGGUUUGGUUCAAGAACUGUAACUAUCUUUUUCCACAGCUGUGCUAAUUUACCUGUAUCUCUGCCACAUGGGACACGACCUACCUGAAGGGUCAGAGUUGACUGCAUGAGGAGGCAGAGUUAAGGGAACCUGGUCCUGACCUGGACCCCAACCAGUCACACUUCUAAACCAGAGGUCUGUGGUCCUCUCCUCUAGAGAUGAGGUCCAUCCGAUUGUUUGCCAAUGACGACCGCCACGUCAUGGCAAAGCACGCCAACAUCUACCCUUCACCAGAGGAGCUGGAGGCUGUCCAGAAGCUGGUGUCCACCGUGGAAUGUGCCCUCAAGCAGGUAUCAGACUGGAUGGACAACCUCAACGCCUCCCAAAGCAAGGUCCCGACCCCCACCACCAGCGACCCCAAGGAUGUUGAAGACUCUACAAGCAGCCGCAGCACCACAAAGCCCCAGAAUGCUUCGAUCCUGUGUGGGGUUAUGCGUGUUGGUCUUGUGGCUAAAGGCCUCCUGGUUAAAGGAGACAUGGACUUGGAGCUGGUCCUGAUGUGCAGAGACAAACCCACCAAACUACUGCUGUACACUGUCAGCACCAACCUGCCAGUGCAACUACUGACGCUGACCGAGGACAAGUAUGAGGUGCGGCCGAGUGUGUCGGAGUCAGCCAUCCAGGUAGUCAACACCAACAACCCCAAAUUCACCCUGAAGAUUACCCUGUCCUCUCUGGCCAUGAGAGAAAAACACACUGCCACAGAAGAAGAGGAAGGCGUGGGGGACCUUGAGGUGCUGGACGAGCGGCGGUGCCAGGCCGCACUGGCAACACUCAGACACACCAAAUGGUUCCAGUCCAGAGUGACAGAUCUGAAGUCGUGUGUCAUCGUCAUGCGUAUUCUCAGAGACAUGUGCAACAGACUAAUUGUGUGGGAGCCACUCAAAGGAUGGCCCAUGGAGCUGAUCUGUGAGAAAGCCAUUGCCACCUGUAACCGGCCCCUGGGGCCCGGAGAGGCCCUGCGCAGGGUCAUGGAGUGCAUUGCCUCAGGGAUCCUCCUCCCAGAUGGGCCGGGAGUUCACGACCCCUGUGAGAGAGAGCCAACAGACACCUUGUCAGUGAUCACUGGCCAACAGGCUGAGGCUAUCACUCAAAACGCACAGCAUGCCCUACGUCUCCUGGCCUUCGGACAGCUUUAUAAGGUUCUGAAUAUGAAUCCUCUCCCUCCAACCAAACCCUCACACAGACUCUCAGGGUCAGACAAAAAAGGAAUCUGCCGGAAAAGGCAGCAUGAAGAUGAACACACUAACGACAGACAACUCUUCAAGAAGAUGAAAUGCAACCUGAUGGGAGUUCUGGACAGUAAGAUGAUGGACCCCAACCACCCCAUGAAUGCCCUGAUGAGACUGAACCAGGUCCACCCGGGGCUGCAUUAUAAGCUGUUGUCCCAGUCUGGCCCGGUCCACACUCCAGUCUUUACCAUGUCUGUGGAAGUACAGGGCACUGUCCAUGAGGCCUCUGGCUCUUCCAAGAAGACUGCCAAACUCAAAGUAGCACUUAAGGUCCUACAGGCUCUUGGUUACCCAGCUGGCUUCGAAGUGGACCUGGACUCCCUAAGCGCUGAUGAGAGGUCUGACGGUGAGGGACGCAACCACAGAAGUGAGAGAAACGACAGAAUGUCCACCAGCUCCAGAAGCAACUCUGUCACCUCCACAGACACAUGCGAGUCCCGCAUCCCAGGCCCUCUCCUCACGCCAGGGGGCAAGAACCCAGUGAUGGAGCUGAACGAGAAACGCAGAGGCCUGAAGUAUGAACUCUUAUCAGAGACUGGCGGCAGCUACGACAAACGCUUCAUCAUAGAGGUGGAAGUUGAUAAACAGAAGUUCAGAGGCUCUGGUCCCAAUAAGAAAGCAGCGAAGGCUAGUGCUGCCCUCGCUGCUCUGAAGAGACUCUUCUCUGACUCAAAAGACCCCCACAACAAUACGAGGGGGCCCAGGACACCGGUGAAGAGAACUGUGUCGUCAACCGUGUCUAUCCCAGUCCAUGCCCACAGCAGGCCUAGAACCAGGCCAGUGAUGCACAGAGCACCUUAUAUCAGCUCUCCACCUACCCAUGGGUACCUCCCACCAGGCUAUGGAGCUCCAUUUGGCUAUGGUCCUGCAGCUCCCUUCCCUGCCUAUGGUGGUUUGUACAUUGACAGUGCCUUUUACCAGCCACAGACAAUUGCCACUCCUAUUAUAAUUCACCUGGGUCCUCAGGAGUUCUUCUGAUCUCGCAGCCAGUGGGGGAUGACUUGACAUUUUGAAACUUCCCGUUUCCUGUCUGACCAGGCUUUAUCUACCUUACUAAGGCUGUCCAAAUUCUCCACCCUUUUCACGUAUUGUGCAAGUGCACACAAGGGUGGAGAAUCGGGACCCAUCUCUCUGAGCAGACAUCAAUCCAAGAAGGAGAAGAAGCACAACAUUGUCAGGGUUGGAACUUUCCAGUGUGUUGCAAUACUUGACAAUCUUUUAUAUCUACUUGAAAUAGUGGAAAUGUGCUGUUUUGGAAUGGACGUUGCAUAACACUGCAAUAUUUGUGUGAUAUAAACUCAGCAAAAAAAGAAACAUCCUCUCACUGUCAACUGUGUUUAUUUUCAGCAAACUUAACAUGUGUAAAUAUUUGUAUGAACAUAAGUUUCAACAACUGAGACAUAAAAUGAACAAUGUGACUAACAGAAAUUGAAUAAUGUGUCCCUGAACAAAGCAGGGGGGGGGGUCAAAAUCAAAAGUAAGUCUGUAUCUGGUGUUGCCACCAGCUGCAUUAAGUACUGCAGUGCAUCUCCUCAUGGACUGCACCAGAUUUGUCAGUUCUUGCUGUGAGACUCUUCCACCAAGGCACCUGCAAGUUCCCUGACAUUUCUGGGGGGAAUGGCCCUGGCCCUAGCCCUCACCCUCCGGUCCAACAGGUCCCAGACGUGCUCAAUGGUAUUGAGAUCUGGGCUCUUCGCUGGCCAUGGCAGAACACUGACAUUCCUGUCUUGCAGGAAAUCACGCACAGAACGAGCAGUAUGGCUGGUGGCAUUGUCAUGCUGGAGGGUCACGUCAGGAUGAGCCUGCAGGAAGGGUACCACAUGAGGGAGGAGGAUGUCUUUCCUGUAAACGCACAGUGUUGAGAUGGCCUGCAAUGACGACAAGCUCAGUCCGAUGAUGCUGUGACACACCGCCCCAGACCAUGAUGGACCCUCCACCUCCAAAUCGAUCCAGAGUACAGGCCUCGGUGUAACGCUCAUUCCUUCGAUGAUAAACAUGAAUCCGACCAUCACCUUUGAGACAAAACCACGACUCGUCAGUGAAGAGCACUUUUGCCAGUCCUGUCUGGUCCAGCGACGGUGGGAUUGUGCCUACAGGCGACAUUGUUGCCGAUGAUGUCUGGUGAGGAUCUGCCUUACAACAGGCAUACAAGCACUCAGUCCAGCCUCUCUCAGCCUACUGAGGACAGUCUGAGCACUGAUGGAGUGAUUGUGUGUUCCUGGUGUAACUCGGGCAGUUGUUGCUUCUAUCCUGUACCUGUCCCGCAGGUGUGAUGUUCAGAUGUACCGAUCCCGUGCAGGUGUUGUUACACGUGGUCUGCCACUGCAAGGAUGACCAGCUGUCCGUCCUGUCUCGCUGUAGUGCUGUCUUAGGCGUCUCACAGUACGGACAUUGCAAUUUAUUGCCCUGGCCACAUCUGCAGUCCUCAUGCCUCCUUGCAGCAUGCCUAAGGCACGUUCACGAAGAUGAGCAGGGAUCCUGGGCAUCUUUCUUUUGGUGUUUUUCAGAGUCCGUAGAAAGGCCUCUUUAGUGUCCUACGUUUUCAUAACUGUGACCUUAAUUGCCAACCGUCUGUAAGCUGCUAGUGUCUUAACGACCGUUCCACAGGUGCAUGUUCAUCAAUUAUCUGGUUUAUUGAACAAGCAUGGGAAACCGUGUUUAAUCCCUUUACAAUGAAGAUAGGUGAAGUUAUUUGGAUUUUUAUGAAUUAUCUUUGAAAGACAGGGUCCUGAAAAAGGGAAGUUUCUUUUUUGCUGAGUUUUAUAUAUAUAUAUCACACACACACACACACACACACACACACACGGUACCAGUCAAGUUUGGGCACAGCUACUCAUUCAAGUUUUUAUUUUUUUAUAUAACUUUUUUCUACAUUGUAAAAUAAUAGUGAUGACUUCAAAACUAUGAAAUAACACACAUGGAAUCAUGUAGUAACCAAAAAAGGGUUAAACAAAUCAAAAUAUAUUUGAGAUUCUUCAAAAUAGCCAAGUUAUGCCUCAACCAGCUUCACCUGGAAUGCUUUUCCAACAGUCUUGAAGGAGUUCCCAUAUGCUGAACACUUGAUGGCUGCUUUUCCUUCACUCUGCGGUCCAACUCAUCCCAUACCAAUUGGGUUGAGGUCGGGUGAUUGUGGAGGCCAGGUCAUCUGAUGCAGCCUCUCCUUCUUGGUCAAAUGGCCCUUACACAGCCUGGAGGUGUGUUGGGUCAUUGUCCUGUUGAAAAACAAAUGAUAGUCCCACUAAGCGCAAACCAGAUGGGAUGCCGUAUCGCUGCAGAAUGCUGUGGUAUCGUGCCUUGAAUUCUACAUUUUUCACUGACAGUGUUACCAGCAAAGCACCCUCACGACACCUCCAUGCUUCAUGGUGGGAACCACACAUGUUGAUAUCAUCCAUUCACCUACUCUGCGUCUCACAAAGAUGUAGCGGUUGGAACCAAAAAUCUAAAAUUUGGACUCAUCAGACCAAAGGACAGAUUUCCACUGGUCUAAUGUCCAUUACUCGUGUUUCUUGGCCCAAGCAAGUCUCUUAUUCUUAUUGGUGUCCUUUAGUAGUGGUUUCUUUGCAGCAAUUUGACCAUGAAGGCCUCAUUCACGUAGACUCCUCUGAACAGUUGUUGUUGAGUUGUGUCUGUUACUUGAACUCUGUGAAGCUUUUACUUGUGCUGCAAUUUCUGAGGCUGGUAAUUCUAACGAACUUAUCAUCUGCAGCAGAGGUAACUCUGGGUCUUUCUUUCCUAUGACGGGCCUCAUGAGAGCCAUUUUUAUGGCGCUUGAUGAUUUUUUUUUGACUGCGUAUGAAGAAACAUUCAAAGUUCUUGACAUUUUCCGGAUUGACUCACCUUCAUGUGUUAAAGUAAUGAUGGACUGUCGUUUCUCUUUGCUUAUUUGAGCUGCUCUUGCCAUAGGCCUAUUUGGUAAAAUACCAAGUAUAUACUAUCUUCUGUAUACCACCCUUGUCACAACAGAACUGGUUGGCUCAAAUGCAUUAAGAAGGAGGCAAAUUAACUUUUCUAACAAGGCACACCUGUUAAUUGAAAUGCAUUCCAGGUGACUACCUCGUGAAGCUGGUUGAUCGCUUUGCACACUCUUAGCAUUCUAUCAUCAAGGAAAAGGGUGGUUACUUUGAAGAAUCUCAAAUAUAUUUUGAUUUAACAUUUUGGUAACAUGAUUCCAUAUGUGUUCUUUCAUAGUUUUGACGUCUUCACUAUUAUUCUACAAUGUAGGAAAGUGUACAAAUAAAGAAACCAUUGAAUGAGUAGGUGUGUUCAAACUUUUGACUGGUACUUUGUGUGUGUAUGUAUGUUACGAAUUUAAUUUGUAAGUACUGUAAAAACAAUUUCCACAUUUUAAGUGUUAGCAGAGCUUAGACUAAUACUAGUCCAUUUAAAAAAAUGUCAAAGUAGCAGUUAAUAGCAUGACUCUACUCAGGCCAGCACAUUUACAUCUUGAAUGAUAUCUACAACCAGAAAUUAGUAACUCAAUUUCUGUCUCCAUCUCUCACAAAUGCACCUAAUCCUGUAACAGUGGGCAAGACAUGCAUGUAUUUUUCAAGUUUUCUCUGUAAUUGAUGUAUCUUCAGAAAUUCUUAGAUCCUGUUUGUUGUGGUUUAAUGGCUUUGCCUGCACUUGAUCAAAUGCUGCUGGUAUUGAAUGUCCUCUAAAGUUAGUGCACACGUCUGUCGUGUGCUCAUGGUAUUACGUGUUCUAUCCAUUAUUUUCUCAGAACAAUAUUCAGAUGGACUUGUGAUUUUGAUUUGUUUAAAAAAUAAUAAAAAUUCUCUGUGAAUGAUUUCUUUGUAAAAACACAACACAACUUUCUGAAACCUGAGCGCUCCUUCAGUGGCAGCUUUGUUAUACCCUCCAGUUCAAUUAUUUGUUGUUUUCUGGACAUUUUAUUUUAUCUUUUUGUGAAUGUACUGUCUCAUUGCCCUCAACUAUUUCUACAGUCUUAUGAGUGUCUCAAUCCUAGAAUAAAGGGCUGACUCUA